AUGGCCUCCCACGCUUUCUCCCUCGCCGUCCGCCCCGACGAACAAUUCAGCACCGACGUCAAACCUCGCCUCGCAGACCUCGCAGAUAUGGCCGACUCUCCUCUUCCCCCCGACUCACCUGCGCCUCUUACGCGUGUUCCACGCUCGCGAAUCGCCUCGAGCAUCCCGCGAUCUCUGCGCUUUCCCCUCGUCGUCGCGACCAGUCUUGGCAUCAACGCCCUCGCCAGGACUCUGACGGCCGAUAUCUCGGGUUUCGAGUUUGCGCCCGCGAGCCGCGACCCCAAUCUCCGUCCGGAACUGGUGGGAUAUCUCGUGGCGGCCAAGGUUGCAGAACUGGGAGUCGCCUGGGCUGCGGGAUAUGAUUACGAAGAUCUCGCCGCACUAUCGCUCCUCACUAACCAGCCCUACUACUACCUCCUCUACUCCUUCUGGUCCGUCCAACUUAUUCCAAUCGUCGCAUCACUGUCCAUCGACCUCGCCGCAAUCGCCAUUCCCUUCGCCCUCCUGCGUCCUCGCCCCGCGCUCCGCGAAGCACGCGCAGCUAGAUCAGUCAACCAACGCCUCGCGCAAGACUGGCAAAUCAUCCUCCUGACGGCCAUCCUAGCUGCCUGCGUCUACGCAGUCACCUUUUCCCUCUUCUACUUUCUCGAUCUCGGCGUCUUCCUCAUCAGCCACUUCGACGACAUCCCGUCCCUCGAAAGCGCGCACGAAGCCAACAUCCCGAAAAUGCUCGCGCUCUUCGCCGCCAGCGGGUUUGGCGCCAUGAUGUUCCUCUUCCGCCCUACGCUCGCGGCCGCGGGGAAGCCGUCGCUGAUCGAGAGCAAGGCCAAGGGACGUAGAGCUCGCAAGUUCAACCCGGAGACUGCGACGUUGGGCGAGACGUUGGGGCAUAACUUUGGGUUGAACCUGCAGUUGAGCCAUCGCGCUGAUGUGCUGCUGGAGAGGGCCAUUGUGCUGGUUGUUUGCACGAUUGCCAACACCGUCGUCAGAGUCUGGGGCACGGUCCAAGGCACGGAUCUGGUGGGCUCACUGGGUUAUGCUGGUUUGUGGGCGUUGGCUCAUUCUGUCGUUGGAGUUGUGUAUGCUUGGUUGGGCAAUGAGCAGUAG